GAGAUUAACGAGAAGAUUCAGAUCCUAAACUUUCUCCACCGGAUCUCGAAAUCGGAGACUCAGCUGCCAAAAAAAAAGAUGGCCGCCGACGGGAUAUUUCACAGCAUCUUCGAAGGAUGUAUCUCGGGCCUUGAUUCCGCCAUCGAGAGGCGUCCUUACCACAAAAACUGCGGAUGUGCGCUCCACGAUAAACCAAGCGGCGUUGGAAAAAAUCAAAAUCAGAAACGGCCGCCGUCAUGUCGCCGACACGGAAGCUCAGAGAGCAUCUCGUUCUCGAUCCGAAGAUCUUGGAGCGAAGGAAACAUCAUGGCUCUGAAUAUGUUCCCUUCGUCGUCUUCUUCGUCUAAUCUCCAAUCGCUUUCGUCGUCGUCUUCUCUCUCAAAUCUGGCGUCCGAUUUACCGGUGGACGAAGCUGCGACGGAGGUUCCGAGUAGAUCUAAUAAUCAACAGCUGCGAUGGACGAUUGACGAAGAUGAUUGAUGAUUGAUUGAUAUUUGAUGAUGAUGAUCAAUUCCAGGUUGUUUUGUUGUUAACUUUUUGAUAAUCUACGUUUGGGUUUAAUUAAUUUCCUUAAUAAUUUUGUAUUUGAGGACAAAAAUAAACAACAAUUUAUUAUUAUUAUUUUUUUUUUUUUCAUUUUUGUGAAAGAAACGAAAAUGUUUGACGGAUGUUUACAAUUGGAAUUUUGAAUGAUUAGCUUGUGGAGAGGUUAGUUAAUUUGUUCUUCUUAUGUAUGUAGAGAGCAAAAGUAACUUAGGAA